CCACCGCCACAGGCCACAGCCACAGCCACAGCCACUCACGGAUUCGGCUUCUCUGCGGCUGCAUUUCUUCUUCUUCUUCUCAUCUAUACCUACGCGCUUCCGGCAAUCGUUCACCGGAAAUCAGAGCUAAAGAUGUCUGGGAGCGGUGUCGUUACACUCUAUUCUAACGGCGCUAUCGCCGAGACCACCAAGAAAUCCCCCUUCUCCGUGAAGGUGGGGCUGGCACAAAUGCUCCGUGGCGGCGUGAUCAUGGACGUCGUCAACGCGGAGCAGGCCCGUAUUGCCGAGGAGGCCGGCGCGUGCGCCGUCAUGGCUCUGGAGCGCGUCCCCGCGGAUAUAAGAGCUCAGGGCGGCGUGGCCCGCAUGUCCGACCCUCAGCUGAUUAAGGAGAUCAAGCAGGCGGUGACUAUUCCGGUGAUGGCGAAGGCCCGGAUUGGGCAUUUCGUGGAGGCGCAGAUUCUCGAGGCUAUUGGGAUUGAUUACGUGGAUGAAUCGGAGGUCCUCACCCUCGCCGACGACGAGAACCAUAUCAACAAGCACAAUUUCCGCAUCCCCUUCGUGUGCGGCUGCCGGAACCUGGGCGAAGCCCUCCGCCGCGUCCGGGAGGGGGCCGCGAUGAUCCGCACCAAGGGCGAGGCGGGCACCGGCAACAUCAUCGAGGCCGUCCGCCACGUCCGCUCCGUGAUGGGCGACAUCCGGGUCCUCCGGAACAUGGACGACGACGAGGUGUUCACCUUCGCCAAGAAGAUUCAGGCCCCCUAUGAUCUCGUUAUGCAGACCAAGCAGCUAGGCAGGCUUCCCGUGGUCCACUUCGCCGCUGGCGGGGUGGCGACCCCUGCCGAUGCCGCGCUGAUGAUGCAGCUCGGAUGCGACGGCGUGUUCGUCGGCUCCGGCGUUUUCAAGAGCGGCGAUCCGGCCAGGAGGGCCCGCGCCAUCGUGCAGGCGGUCACCCAUUACAGUGAUCCGGAGGUGUUGGCUGACAUAAGCUGCGGACUGGGAGAAGCCAUGGUUGGAAUCAACCUCAAUGAUGACAAGGUGGAAAGGUAUGCCAACCGCUCCGAGUGAGAUAGGCUAUGAAAGGUAGAAGUGUGAUUAUUGAGGUUUAAAUGCAACCUCAGAUUGUGCUUUGAUGCACAAAUUGUUGAUCUUAAAUGCCCUCCCUGUGUUUUGUUGAUGACUGUUGUUUUAGCAUUGAACACUUAUGAUUAGAAACUAGUAGAAAUCAUUGGAAUGACAUGAUUUUUGAUAUCA